AUGUCGCAGCGUUUCUCCAAGGACGAUGUGGCGGCGCACAAGAAGCCCGAUGAUCUCUGGAUCAUCGUGGAUGAGGACGUGUAUGAUUUAACCAACUUCCAGGAGGAGCAUCCGGGUAAGCAUACAGACAUUCUCCAGCGAGUGGGCGGCAAGGACGCCUCCAAGCAGUUCUGGAAAUACCACAACGAGUCCAUCCUCAAGAAGUACCGGGAGCAGCUACAAGUCGGAUCACUAGACACCAAAGCCGCGCCCCCCACACCCCCAGCAACGCCGCCACCGGAGGAGAAGCAAGCACAAGUGGUACCAAAAGCCGAGCCAGGUACUGUCUCCGCUGCGCCAAACUUCCAAGCCACAAAAGAGGAAGCAGAAGCACUGGAUCAGUAUGGCGAUCUGGUUCCCUACGCAGAUCCGUCAUGGUAUCAAUCAUACCACUCGCCCUACUUCAACCAGUCCCACGCCGACCUCCGCAACGAAGUCCGCGCCUGGGUCGAGGCCGACAUAAUGCCCAACGUGACGGAAUGGGACGAGGGCCGGAAGGUGCCCGACUCCAUCUACAAAGCGAUGGGCGAGCGCGGCUACCUCGCCGGGCUCAUGGGCGUGCACUACCCCACCCACCUGACCCAAAACCGCGUCAAGAGCGUGCCGCCCGAGAAGUGGGAUCUCUUCCACGAGAUGCUCUUGACGGACGAGAUAUCACGCGCCGGGUCCGGCGGGCUGGUGUGGAACCUGAUCGGGGGCUUCGGCAUCGGCGCGCCGCCGCUGGUCAAGCACGGCAAGAAGGCGCUGGUCGAGCGGCUCAUGCCGGGGAUCCUGAACGGCGACAAGCGCAUCUGUCUUGCGAUCACGGAGCCGGAUGCGGGCAGCGACGUUGCGAACCUAACGUGCGAGGCUAAGCUCAGCGAGGAUGGGAAACACUAUAUUGUUAACGGCGAGAAGAAGUGGAUCACGAACGGCAUCUGGUCCGAUUACUUCACGACGGCUGUCCGUACGGGCGGUGAGGGCAUGAACGGCGUCAGUGUGCUGCUGAUUGAGCGGGACUUUGGCGGCGUCAGCACGCGCAAGAUGGACUGCCAGGGCGUCUGGAGCAGCGGAACCACCUACGUGACGUUUGAGGACGUCAAGGUGCCCGUCGAGAACCUCAUCGGCAAGGAGAACCAGGGCUUCAAGGUCCUCAUGACAAACUUCAACCACGAACGCAUAGGCAUAAUAAUCCAAUGCCUCCGCUUCUCCCGCGUCUGCUACGAAGAAUCCAUGAAGUACGCCCACAAGCGCCGCACCUUCGGCAAGAAGCUCAUCGACCACCCCGUCAUCCGCCUCAAGCUGGCCCACAUGGCGCGGCAGAUCGAGGCCUCGUAUAACUGGCUCGAGAACAUGAUCUACCAGUGCGAGAAGAUGGGCGAGAUGGAAGCCAUGCUCAAGCUCGGCGGCGCCAUUGCGGGCCUCAAGGCUCAGGCUACUGUGACGUUUGAGUUCUGCGCUAGGGAAGCGAGCCAGAUCUUUGGCGGGCUCAGUUACUCGAGGGGUGGGCAGGGCGCGAAGGUUGAGAGGCUGUAUAGGGAUGUUAGGGCGUAUGCUAUCCCGGGUGGCAGCGAGGAGAUCAUGCUGGAUUUGAGCAUUAGGCAGGCGCUGAGAGUGCACAAGGCGCUGGGUAUGAAAUUGUAA